AGAAGCCGCCUGUUGGUGCUGUUCUGGGGCAUGUGGCUCAGAGAGUGGGGCCGUCUUCAUCAUCCCUGACCCUGCUGGGCCAUCGAUGAAAAACCCGACCGAGCUGUGAAGGGGGCUGGGGAUGCACAACAGGACGGAGGAAACACAGCUUCACAGAAGCAGAGAAACCAGGAGUGCUGAUGCUGCUGAACAUGGAGCCUCCUCUGUGAUAUAAAUGGACUUUGCUCACUUGUGGGCAGUCAGUGAUUUCAAAUUAUUAGCUUUGUUUCGUUUUUCUCUCUCUUUUGUAAUCGUUGGGACAAACAUCUGCAAUGAUGCGGACUGUGGACUGGAGAGGAACCUCUGCGAUAGUCCUCUGCCUUGUGGGAUAUAUGUUCUCCAAAGUUGUCGCCAAAACACUACCAGAGGACACAGCAGCGCAAGAGGUGACUCUGAAGGUUCACCUGAGCGAUGCCAGCACCCAGCAGCCCCUGGGAGGAGCCAGCAUACAGCUCUUUGCCAACCACACUCCUGUAACCACGGAAACCUCAUCAGCUGACGGCAACACCUACCUGCGCUUCGCCUAUCGCCUUGGGACACCUUUGGUCGUCACUGCAACCAAACAGGGAUAUGUGCCAAACUCAGUGCCCUGGAGUCCCUCCAGAUUACCUGUUUUUUCCUCCAUCAGCCUGGACCUGCUGCCAGAGAGAGCUGCUACUCUGACGGUGUAUGAAGACGUGGUGGAGAUAGUUUCAGGCUUACAAGGCUUCAGGAGGCAGCCCAGUGUGCAUUUCCAGCGCAGAGCUCUGACUCUUCCUUCCAACACUUCCUACGCAAACCUCACCGCUCUGCUCACCGUGACGAGCUCCCCCCUUCACAUCCAGCACUUCCCACACCUGCAGGUCCUCAGCGGCAACAGCACAGGGACAGAGAAGAGGUUCGAGUUGACUCCUGUGGCAGCCAUCUCGGUUCAUUUAUUGGCCAGUGAUGGAGCGGAGCUGCAGGUGAACGAGCCAAUCACGGUCUCCGUUCCCUUGCCGGACGACAGUGGCCUGAAUGAAAAUGAUCACAUCCCUGCCUGGAGAUUUGACCCUCGCUUGGGUGCCUGGAUAAAGAGCAGUUGGGGUCAUGUGCAGAAGGAGGGCAACCAGCUCAGUCUGACCUACAUUGCGCCUCAGCUGGGAUAUUGGGUAGCUGCCAUGUCGCCACUACACUCAGGUCCACUGGUUGCGAAGGACAUAAGCACAUACCACACUGUCUUUCUGCUGGCUAUACUGGGAGGGAUGGCCCUCAUCCUCCUCUGCCUGCUCUGUCUUCUGUUGUACUACUGCAGACGUCGUUGUUUGAAACCGAGAGGGUCACACCGCAAGCUGACGAUGUCCUCUGGUGUGGACAACAGCAAGAGAGACCAAGCCACCUCCAUGUCACACCUGGACCUCAUCAGCAGCGAGGUGCAGCUGGAGCUUGUCUCCACAGCGACUGAGCCUGAUAUGACCACACCGAUGCUGAAGCCUUUCUCAUACGAACACCAAGACAAUCAACGUCAGCACAGCAUAAUCCAUCAAAGCAAACACAGCCGCUCCUCUCUCGGCAACAACAGCCACCACGGCUCAUCUCUUGGCAACUUGACUCCUCGCAGCAGAGACUACCGGCAGUCUGUGGAGACGUUUCAGUUAAAGUCUGCUCUUUCAUCGGGCACAGACCGGGGCUACCGUCAAUCAUACACCUCCGUCUGCUCGUCAAGCAACCCAGUGUCAGACCAGCUGUUGUCAUCUAAUCACGGUCCGGCAUCAGCUCACCGGCUGAGCAGUGUCGGACAUGCUGAUUGUCUCUCUCCCUCCUCUCCUCCUCACUCCCCGAGUAGAGGGGAGGGAUGUGAGUGCAGAGCUCCCGACUACCUUCUGUCCCGCUCUGUGGACCACCUGGAGCGUCCCAGUCCCACUCUGCUUGCCAGGCCCGGGCAGCUUCUCUGCUGCGGCUCUGUGGACCUCCUCAGUGGAGGUGAUGGCUACCCGAGGGUGCGCCCCACCCUGGUGAUCCCAGCACACUACAUGCGUCUUCCAGGGGAGCAUCCUCUCUCUGGACAGGCCCUCCUUCUGCAGACUGACCAGCAGAGCGAUCUGGAGACAAUCCAAGCAGAGCUCAAUGCCUCUCAUUCCCAGCAGCCCCUGGGGCAAACCGCAAUAGACUGCCCCACAGGUCCCGCCAAGCAGGGUGACACAGAGGGUCGUGGCCUGUCAGAGUCUCUGUCGAUCCCGGCAGCACUUGGGGAGACUUCUCUGGUGGAAAUAAACAUCGAGGACACCUUGUUGGCUGAAAAGACUCUGAUGGAGCUAAGAGGAGGGAAGCCUCUGCCUCAUCCGCGAGCCUGGUUUGUCUCCCUUGAUGGACGCUCAAACGCUCAUAUUCGACACUCUUACAUAGACCUCCAGCGGGCAGGGUGCCACAGCAAUGGGCCAGGUGUAGGAGGACAGCAGGUAAAAGGCAGUGGUGGAAAGCGCAAACAUGGCAACGGUGCUAGUCUGGACUCGGGUGUGGACCUAAAUGAGCCAAGAGUGAGACCCAGGGCGAGAGACGUAGAGCGGGUGGAGAGAGAAACUGAGAAAGACAGGUCAAAAGGCUUGACACCAGCCAUGGCCUACACUCAGCUGGUGUAUGUGGAUGAUGUGGACGUUGGAGGCAGCGAGGAGGAGACGCCCAAGUGCAGCCCGCAGGACAGUGAAACCGGACCCAUUGUGUCAAACAAACCGGAGGGGCAGAGAGGGGAUCAGGGGCAGGGAGAUGUGGAGGAGGAGAAGAGAGUAGAAGAGGUACAAAUACAAGAGGAGCCACCAUCACUCUCCUCUUCAUCUCCUUCUUCUCCUCCUCCUCUGCCAACACCGGAAGGAGAGACUUUCAGGACUGACAAUGCACUUCUCUCAGUCUCUCCGGAUGAUGAAAGAGGACACGAGGAUGGAGAGGAGGAGAAGAAGAGUCCAUGGCAGAGACGAGAGGAGCGACCCCUGCUGGCCUUCAAUAUGAAAUGAUCCACAUAUUACCACUUAAAGGAUAGAUUCACAUUUUUUAUUAUUACAACAACACUCACAUCCUGUAUGUGCACAGAAAGUUUUUGCUUUAAUUGUUCCUCCUGUACAAACUGGCCCCUCUUAAAAGGAUGUAUGAUGCAAAGUAUUGGGACAAAAGAAAACAGAACUAAAAAUGUUUUAAAAAUUAAUCCUAAAUCGAUAGCCAAACUGAGGUGUUGGCUUUCUAAGUUUUAAGUAGGAAUCUUCCAGAGUACAGUCUCUUUGAAGGCAUAUAUGAAGUACUUAAUUCAACCUAAUAUUAUACAAACAAUUAGCUUUUAAUCCUAAAAACACCAGGACUAGCAUGACUAAAUGUACAGCAUACAACAGAGGCAUGCUGUCAAAGCUUUGAAAAUCCUGUAUAUACAGACAGAGUGAAGCAUACACUCUAAUUCUCUGUACAGAAUUGUGCAGGUCUAAUAGAUACUCCAGGAAUGAAUUUACACAGACAUUUUUUUGCAUGAAAGGCAUGCUCAGAAAAUUAGUUUUAUCUUAAUGAGACUAAAAAAUGAAUCACAGAUAAUAACAUCUAUUGAACUUUAAAGUGGAUUUAAACAAAGAUCACAGGCUGUGGAUUCUGUUUGUGAUCUCUUGCAUUAAAAUCAUUUAAGAAAAAGAUGUAAAUGUUACUGGAACGGGAGGAACAAUUACAGAAAUCAGCACUGUUCAUUUGUACAUAUAGGUACGUUGUGUUAAGAAACAGACUUGAAAAAAUGUGAACCUGCCCUGUAACCAUGACUUCCACUUAGCCUGGACCAGAACAUGAAGGAAAUUGAAGCCCUUUGUUUUUUGUAUCGUAGCACUGAAAGAGUAUUUCAGCACUGGGAUCCCCUCCAGUCCAGAACAUGAGGUGACCAUUCAGAUCCUUCACGAACUUACAGGGCUCCUUUUAUGAAGUGACCACCGUUGUCAUCCUCUGCAUACUCGGAGCGCUCCUCUGGCUGGACGUACACUAUGCUUGGGAGAGACGAACUUUGGAGGCAAGAUGCUAGAUAUUUUAUGCACAACAAAUAUACGCCUUUUUUAAAAUGAAUAGCCUUAUAAGCAUUAAGGAACUAUUGACGAAACAGAUGAUGGGUUAUUCUCACUAACAGAAAACGUAAUAACCUAAACUCUCGAGCCAUAUUGGCCUCCAGUCAACUGACUGUAACACUACACUUCCUUUGCGUGAGAUUAUAAUGUUUAUGGAGGCACGCUGAUAUUUCAACAUUGGGAGCAUCUGUGCAAAUACAGCAAGUGAUUCUACUCUUUUCACAGUAAAUCAAAAUUCUCUUGGAGUGCUUCUUCACAUGAAGCAGCCCUGACAGAAACAUGCAAAUCCUGUGCUUUGAAAGGUUUUGAAUAUGUUGCUAGAAUUUAAUCUAGCUGCUCCUGAAGGCUGUUCAAGUGUUGGCAUAACGUUUUUGGACUGUAGAAAUUAAACCACUAUUCGCACUGCAACAUAAUCAGACAAUGUGACACACCGCCAUGCUGGUGGGUAAGGAUGUAAUGCCACUACAAACUACUUCAACCUGAAAAUGUUGUGAGGUGUAUAAUAUGAAGGUUUUGUAUUUGUUGAACCACUGACUGGCAUAUUUUUGCUCUAAAGGCUAUGCAUCACUUUUAUACGGCUGCUUGAGAUGCCUUUUUUUGUAAUUUUAUCACUUAUUUUAAUUGCUGAUAUAAAGUAUUUUACCCUAAAAUAGGCUAUUUUUAUUUCUUUGUUUCUUUGUAUAUUUUAAGGGCUUUGUUCUUCAUUCGCCUUAUUAUUGGGGCUAAAAAAGCAAACUCAUACUGCAUCUGUUUUUUUCUGAAACCAAACCUUUUUUUGCAUGCUUUAUUCCACUUUUAUUAUUUCUUACGAUUUCCAAGUGCCUUUGAACAACCUUUACUCUGCAGCAUAUUUGUGGAAGAGAUAACCUUAUUUAUUUCUUGCCCUCUCUUGCCUUCAGCUUUCCUCCUCUACCUCAACCCUCCCUUUCUCUUCCAUUUGCGAAAGAAAGAAAGCAUGCAGUAAACUUUCCUCAGCACUAGCGUGUAACAAGCUACACUGCAGACAACUCAGAAAAUGUCUACCAGCUGCUGCAACCGUAAAAAUCCUCUUCAGUAAUCAGAAAGGCAACAAUCUCUUUUUGAAAAGAACAGUAAGGGAUUCAACGUUUUCAGUGUAGUACGAGAUAGAUGGAGCUAAGUGGGAUUUGUAUGUGAAGCCAAACUGCAGGUCAUUUCAGUGCAUUUUCUUGUAUUUGUGUUUUUGGAGGGUAUGUUGAUCUUUAAAUGUGUUCUUGUUCACCUGUCUCUGCAAAGCCCCCAGCUGUGAGUUUAUGCUAUCAGACUGAAAAAUAAUCAACAAUCGUUCACUCAAGGUUCAUGUAGUCAUAGCAAUCAUAUCCCAGAGUGUGUAUAUUUCUUUCCUUUACCUCUACUUGUUAAAAAUGAUGUGUGAGUUGGUGUUGUGAAUGGCCUCUUCUCUCUUAGUAUCCCACAGCAACAUCUAGUUCUGGAUGGAGUUGCAGUACAGGAUCCUGAGUGUUACUUGGGAGCUUUCAUCAUAUUUGAAGCCUAUUAUUCCGAAUAAACAGCCAAACUGGA